ACACUCUGCCCAAAAAUGUGUUUUGCAAAGAUGGCAUUCCGUUUCUCUGCUGUUGUUUCCCUGCUGAUGCUCUUGAGCAUUUUCCAGGACAGCGUUGGGCUCACUCAACAUCCAGACGCUGAAGAUGUGGCCAACGCUGCUGAAUGGGAAAGAGGCCUGUUUCAUCAGCACAUAUCCACAACAGCGCUGAAAAAAGAGCUGCUGAAGAUCCAGAAAGAAACCAAAGCCCAAGCACAACAGCUGUCAACCUUGAGAAGUGAGCUGGAAAAAGUGAAGAAAAGUUGUUCUUCAGGGAGGGAAAAGGUGGCUUUCUCCGCUGCUUUAGGACUGCCUGCAGGACUGAGGGGACCAGUCGGUUCUGAGACUACCAUAGUCUACAAAAAUGUCCUCACUAAUGUUGGAAAUGCCUACAACCCCGCUACAGGCAUUUUCACAGCUCCGUUCAAGGGGGUCUACUAUAUUCGAUUCACAGGCAGCGUGUACGACAACAAAUCCAGCAAUAUGGGAGUGAAUCUGUACAAAAACGGCCAUCACCUGAUGCAUUUGGGUGAAAAUGGCUUUGAUGGAGUUGCCAAACAUGCUUCCAGUGGAGUCACUAUGGAGCUGGUACGAGGAGAUCAGGUCUACACCCGUCUCCCAGCAAAUUAUGUGCUGUGGGAUGAUUCAUACUUCCGCACUAGUUUUAGUGGCUUCUUCCUUUUCCCCAUGUAAGCAAAGACCUAAAAAUCAUCUCUUAGAGCCUCGAUGUUGACUUCUUGUGAAAUAUUUCUUCUUUCUGUGUGUGAUUACAUUGGCAACAUAAUUUACUAACAUAUUUACAAUAUACUACACUGUUGAAUUCAAAUCAUUUAACCUGAUUUGUAAUUUUGAAAACUUUAUUGAGAAUGAAAAUCUGUCAGACCAUUUCUAUACUGUAUUUCUAUACUGUU